ACAUUUCUCUUCUAGAGCCAGAAUAGGACAGACUCAUAUACCAUUGUGAUCUGGGUGCAUUUCUUCAGAAGGAAAACUGAAGACUUUAGUAACAAACCCUUCAAGGUGAAAAUGAACACAGAUAGCGGUGGGUGUGCUCGCAAACGUGCCGCCAUGUCUGUUACGUUAACAUCUGUGAAGAGAGUUCAAAGUUCUCCAAACCUAUUGGCUGCAGGGCGUGAUUCUCAGUCUCCAGAUUCAGCAAAAGGUUUUAGAAGCGUUCGACCAAACCUGCAAGACAAAAAAUCACCAACCCAGGCACCCUUCCCACCAGCCAGCAACGAGAGCUUUUGUAGGGCCUUGAUAACCUGUCAAACAAAGGGUGACAUUUUAGACUCAUCGGUAACUAACACACAAACUCCAUGUUGCACCGAGGACUUUUCUAACCUUAAACCUCUCCAGGGAACUGUGCAUUCUAGUGAAGAUUCUAACCAGACAAUAGUGUAUUCUGAAGAAUCCAACACAACUGUGUCAUACACACAGAAAAUCACCAAUCCACUACCAGCAACCUCCAGCUCUGGUCCUGCACCACCUGGAGGCAUCGACACACCAUUUCUACAAGAAGACUACAUGCAAGAUUCUCAAACACGAAGAAUUUCUACCUUGAAACUAACCCAUAGCCAGGACGCAGGGAGCAGUUUCCCUUUGAAUGCACCACAGUUUUCCCAACCCACAGAUGUUCCAUCAUUUCUGAAAAGGUCUUUCUCACCAACCCCUAACCCAGGGCCUACGACACACACAGCAUCUCUUUCCAUUCAGAUAGCUCCCCAUUCAGGAAUCGAUCUUAAAAGCCACAGGCAGUUACCUGAGCUUCCUCCAGAGACUGCAAAGAUGCCUCUUCAGCAAGAUAGACAAGCGUCUGCCGAUGCCGCAACCUGUCAGUCCCCAGCGAGCCAGAUAACCAUCAACGGCAACUCUGGUGGUGCGGUGAGUCCAGUGAGCUACUAUCAGCGGCCAUUUUCCCCAUCUGCAUACUCCCUCCCAGCCUCACUCAACUCCAGCCUUCUCAUGCAGCAUGGCAGGUCACUCGAUUCCACAGAGGCUUAUUCCCAGCAUGCCCAGUCUCUGGACGGCACCAUGGGAAGCUCCAUUCCGCUCUACAGAUCCUCCGAGGAAGAGAAGAGGGUGACGGUUAUCAAAGCCCCGCAUUACCCAGGGAUCGGCCCCGUGGAUGAAUCUGGAAUCCCCACAGCCAUUAGAACGACAGUUGACCGGCCAAAGGACUGGUACAAGACGAUGUUUAAGCAAAUUCACAUGGUACACAAGCCGGAUGAGGACACAGACAUGUAUAAUACUCCUUACACAUACAAUGCAGGUCUGUACAACUCACCCUACAGCGCUCAGUCACACCCUGCUGCGAAGACCCAGACCUACAGACCUCUUUCCAAAAGCCAUUCAGACAAUGGCACGGAUGCUUUUAAGAAGGCACCCUCCCCAGUGCCUCCCCCACACGUCCCACCACGACCAAGAGAUCAGUCUUCAACAGAAAAGCAUGACUGGGACCCUCCAGACAGAAAGGUAGACACAAGAAAAUUCCGAUCGGAGCCAAGGAGUAUUUUUGAAUAUGAGCCUGGGAAGUCAUCCAUUCUGCAGCACGAAAGACCCCCCCCUCUCCCAACAACUCCAACACUUGUUCCCAGGGAACCCGGCCGGAAGUCUCUCCCAGUCUCACCCUCAACAGAUGGCCUGCGUAGCCCUUCCCCUCCGCCCAGGAGCUGUAUCCCUGCACCCCGUCUGAGCGCCCCAGUGCUCUCUCCCACCCUGACUGGUCGCAUAAAUCCAGAUGACAUAGAUUUAGAAAAUGAGCCCUGGUAUAAAUUCUUUUCAGAACUGGAGUUUGGACGUCCGCCUCCUAAAAAGGCUCUGGACUAUGUUCAAGACCAUUCUUCUGGUGUGUCCAAUGAGGCCUCCAUCUAUCAGGCCUCCAUGGACAGAAGCCUGGAAAGACCCAGUAGCUCUGCAAGCAUGGCCGGAGACUUCAGGAAGCGGAGGAAGAGCGAACCUGCAGUGGGCCCGCCCAGAGGCUUGGGGGACCAGAGUGCGAGCAGGGCCAGCCCUAGCCGGGCCGACCUCCCAGGACCAAGCUCUACCUUUACGAAGUCUUUCAUUAGUUCUUCUCCUCCUUCUCCCUCAAGAGUGCAAGGUGGGGAUGAUAGCAAAACCUGUCCAUCCCUUUGCAGUUACUCAGGGCUCAACGGUGCCCCCUCUAGUGAGUUAGAGUACUGUGGCGCUUACAGACAGCAUUUGGAUGUUCCCCGGGACUCUCCAAGGGCCAUCACUUUCAAGAAUGGCUGGCAAAUGGCACGGCAAAAUGCAGAGAUCUGGAGCAGCACUGAAGAGACCGUUUCCCCAAAAAUCAAGUCCCGCAGCUGUGACGACCUCCUCAAUGAUGACUGUGACAGCUUCCCGGACCCUAAAACCAAGUCAGAAAGUAUGGGGUCCCUGUUGUGUGAAGAAGACUCUAAAGAGAGCUGCCCCAUGGCGUGGACUUCCCCUUACAUCCAGGAAGUGUGUGGUAACAGCCGAUCCAGGACCAAACACAGGUCAGCCCAUAACGCCCCAGGCUUCCUCAAAAUGUACAAGAAAAUGCAUCGCAUUAACCGCAAGGAUUUGAUGAACUCAGAGGUAAUUUGCUCUGUGAAGUCCAGGGUACUGCAGUAUGAAAAGGAACAACAGCACAGGGGUCUGCUCCAUGGAUGGAGCCAGUCUUCCACCGAGGAGGUGCCCAGGGACGUGGUACCCACUCGCAUUUCGGAAUUUGAAAAGCUGAUUCAGAAGUCUAAGUCUAUGCCCAAUCUAGGAGAUGAAAUGUUAUCCCCUAUAACCCUAGAACCCCAAGAGAAUGGUUUGUGUCCCAAGAGGCGAUUUUCUAUCGAGUCUCUGCUGGAGGAAGAGACUCAGGUUCGACACCCAGCUCAGGGUCAGCGCGGCUGCAAGUCUAAAACCCUGGUGCCCAUCCACAUUGAGGUCACCAGCGACGAGCAACCCAGAAUGCACACGGAGUUUUCCGACAGUGACCAAGACGGGGUUGUGUCUGACCACAGCGACUACGUUCACGUAGAAGGGUCGUCCUUUUGCAACGAGAGUGAUUUCGAUCAUUUCUCUUUCACAUCCUCUGAGAGCUUCUAUGGGUCCAGCCACCAUCACCAUCACCACCAUCACCACCACCACAGACACCUCAUCAGUUCCUGCAAAGGCCGAUGCCCUGCCUCUUACACCCGAUUCACCACAAUGUUGAAACACGAAAGAGCUAAGCAUGAAACUAUCGACCAAGCCAGGAGGCAAGAAAUGGAUCCGGGCCUAUCUAAACUUGCAUUUCUAGUCAGCCCUGUGCCUUUCCGAAGGAAAAAAAUCACCACUCCCAAAAAACAGACUGAACAGGCCAAAUGCAAAGCCUCUGUAGUUGAGGCUCUGGACUCGGCCCUCAAAGACAUCUGUGACCAAAUAAAAGCUGAAAAGAGGCGGGGAAGCCUGCCGGACAACAGUAUAUUACACCGGCUCAUCAGUGAACUGUUACCUGAGAUCCCGGAGAGGAAUUCAUCUCUUAAUGCUCUGAAAAGGAGCCCCAUGCACCAGCCCUUCCACCCACUGCCUCAAGAUGGUGCUAUUCAGUAUCCACUGUACCAAACCUAUUGUGGGAGAAUGCCUCACAGUGCCUCUUUCCCCGAUGUGGACACAAGCAACAACUACCACACGCAGGAUUAUGGUAGUGCACUGAGCCUGCAAGACCAUGAGUCCCCUAGAAGCUACUCAUCUACCUUGACUGACUUGGGAAGAAGUGCAUCACGGGAACGAAGAGGAACUCCAGAAAAAGAGAAAUUGCCUGCAAAGGCAGUCUAUGAUUUCAAAGCUCAGACUUCUAAGGAACUGUCAUUUAAGAAAGGAGAUACUGUCUACAUCCUCAGGAAAAUCGACCAAAACUGGUAUGAAGGGGAGCACCACGGAAGAGUGGGCAUCUUUCCAAUCUCAUACGUAGAGAAACUAACACCCCCAGAAAAAGCGCAGCCUGCGAGACCACCACCCCCUGUCCAGCCUGGAGAGAUCGGAGAAGCCAUAGCCAAAUACAACUUCAAUGCAGACACAAACGUGGAACUCUCCCUGCGAAAGGGUGAUAGGAUUAUUCUUCUUAAAAGAGUUGAUCAAAACUGGUAUGAAGGUAAAAUCCCAGGAACCAACAGGCAAGGCAUCUUCCCUGUCUCCUAUGUGGAAGUCAUCAAGAAGAACACAAAAGGUGCUGAGGACUACCCUGACCUGCCUCUACCCCACAGCUACUCCACUGAUAGAAUUCACAGCCUAAGUUCUAAUAAGCCACAGCGUCCUGCUUUCUCUCAUGAAAACCUUCACAGUGGGGGAGAACCGUUUCAGGCUCUGUAUAACUAUACUCCUAGGAAUGAAGACGAGCUGGAACUCAGAGAAAGUGAUGUCGUUGAUGUGAUGGAAAAGUGCGAUGACGGAUGGUUCGUGGGAACUUCAAGAAGGACCAAAUUCUUUGGUACUUUCCCGGGAAACUAUGUCAAGAGGCUGUGAACCACCUCACUCCUUCUUUACUCCACUUUUCAGCAACACAUCUGCAUAACUCACCUGAAACAUCCCAGCAGGGCCUGUUGCUGUCCUGCCUUAUGGCUUCCAAUAGGCCAUCACCUGUCAUCUCCACCUGCUGCCACCAAAUCAC